CACACUUCGUGUCAACAGCUGAUCCACUUUCGCGAGUCUGAUCUCAUGAUCCUCAAUUCAACUCUCUAGUUUAUGCUUGAGCCUCGCAUUCUCGUUUUUAAGCUCGGCAACCUUGGCCUCAAGUUCAGUGUUGUGCUGUCUCAAAAAAACCUCAAGCUCGGAUGGGUUUGCUGUUCCACUAUCACAAACAGACAUGAUUGAUGGUGUUACAUACGCGGCAAGAAAUAUUUUAGAAGAACGGCAAAUGGAGACAAGUAUUUUCGUGUAAACCGUAGCUAUGGAACGAAUAUUACCAAACGAUUUCGUUCUUAGUGCAGAAUACGAGACUCUAGGGUUAAUAGACGAUGACGAUGAUGAAUCCGUGUCAGAUGAUGAUUACGUUAAUGAAGAGGAUGAUGACGGCGACGACGAAGUUUGGGAUGGUGAUGAAGUUGACUCUGAUGAUGAUUACGACAUUUCAGGUAUCGGUGAUGGACACGAUUUCAUGGUUUGUUAUAGUAGAGAUGCUUGGGAUAAACUUUCAAGGACACAUCGUAAUAUCCUUCUUAGGUUCUUCACCCAGCGCCUUCCCAAUUUAUCUGAACAAGAAAAAAAUGGAUCGUUUCACGUCUUUUCUCAGUCAGAAGCAUUCGGCGUAUUAGAACACAAUGCUCUAUUGGACGCAUUAACACAUCCUGUGGAAGGUUUAGUUUUAGUCUUUUCAAAUAUGGUUAAUUGUGAGACUUGCUUUAUUAAUACACGAAAAAUAAAUACGAAGGUUCGGGACUCUGCCCGCUAUACAUGACGUCUAUGCUAAUAUACACAAUUUUUUUUCG